AGCCGUUUUCGGGCCGAAACCAGUUCAUCGCGCCGCUAGCGCUGCCAUGGCCAUCACAUCGCUGCGCCGGAUCCGCGCAAAGACCGUUCGGUCGGCCGUGGCAUCCGUGGCCUUGGGCGAACGGCUGCCGAAUGCUGCAUAUGUCGCCACUGGCGCACUCUUGCUCUUCAGUUUGAGUCUCAUCCUGUUCCCUUCACAGGACAGUAGUGCAUCACGCGAGUUGGCUGGCAAGGCGACCUGCAAAGUUUGUCACGGCCGAGCACUCCUUGGCCUUCGCAGCUUUGUGUUGCUGCUCUUCACUUUGAGUGGAGUGAUGCCAUGGCUGAAGAACAAAAUCAUCCCUCAAAUCGUCGACAGGAAGCAGUUUGAGGCCAGCUUCAAUUUGGAUAAGUACUAUGGCUUUGCUGCACAGAUUCUGUACCAUUUUGUGCUGAGCGGUUGCUUUGCGACCGCCAUCUACACAAGUGACAACACUCUCUACCACUUGGCUACACUUGCAGAGCCUGCCUAUUGCACGUUCGACAUCCUUCUGCUGCUGUUUACAGGUGUGUCUUUCACUCACUGGCAACUCAAGCCGCUGCUGGUGCACCACACCAUCUCCUGUGCUUGUUGUCAUGCAUUAAUGUAUGGAAUCCCUGAAUCGAUGUACGGGAAGCUCUUGCAGCUCGUCUUUCAUUUGUCCAGCGGCUUUUGCUUGGGCAUUGCCAACCUGCUGCAGACGCCGAGCUUGAAGCUUUCCACCCUCCAGAGGCUUUGGUUGCAGGUGGUGUCUAUGAUGUUCUGGGCAGCGACUCGUGUUGGGUUGGUCUUUCUGUUGGGCAUUUGCACUUUGAUGGAUGCAGCCCGGAUUCACCCCGCCCAGUACCGACAAGUUAUGGUGGAGCUGAACGCUGCAGCUAUUGGCUCCUUCGCGUUUGUGGUGAUAAAGACGCCGAUCAUUACGAGGGCUUUGCAGGAGGCCAUUCAAGAGUAUCAACAAGACAGGCGCGAUCUUGAAGUUGGUCUGAACCAAAGCCCCAGGAUUUGGAGCCGAGGAGCCCCUAGUGGCGAUCCCAUGAUUUGACUGGAAUUUGGACCACAGAGCUGGUGUCGUGUACAGUCACAGGCAUAGAUUUGCACAGUUCCAAGCCACGGUCGACCGUAAGCCGUGCGUAGACUGAAGAAUAUUCCGUCACAAGAGACUCGUAUCAAGCACUAGAUUUGUCGUGAUGUGGGUUGUUGCCAUGGUGCACGACAACCGGGGUCAAGCAAUGCUUGACUGCUUGCCCUCGCUCCACAAAACUUAUGUAUAGAGUUGGAGUGAUUUGGCCUGCUGAGGGAAUCCAGUUG